CGCCUUACGCGCGGCUCACUUGUUUCGUGGCCUUCCGAAAUAUGUCAACCCUAUCAAAAUUAUAGUGAAAAAUAUCAGAAAAAGUUAUUUAUGUUACAAAAUUUUAGUUCAGUGUUCCAAUAGUAGGUUUUAAUUAUUAAAAUGUCUAAAAAACCAUUAGGGCCGGGACCCGGCGCCUACAUGCUGCCGACGACGGUCGGGUUCCCGGCGCACGACCCGUCGCGCGAUCGCGCGCCGAUGUACUCAUUCGGUACGCGUGCGGACUGCCGCGUCAAAGCUAUCGGGCCGGGCCCGAGCUACCGCAUCGACCGGGUGACGCGCGACGGCGUCGUGACGUCGCCUAAUUGGAGCUUCGGAUCCAGAUUUCCAGUACGGUCGACGCUCCGCACGCCAGGCCCGGGCGCUCACGCGCCGGAGCGCUGCCCGCCACAGACAGCCAGAGCCCCGCAAUACUCGAUGGGCGCGCGGCUCGGCUACGCUCUGAAGCGAAUGGUGCCCGCGCCCAACGCCUACGCGCUGCGUCUGGGCCCGGGCACGCCCGCCUGGUCCAUGGCGCCGCGCUCCGGUUACAACCUCAAGUCCAAGUCGCCGGGGCCCGCCGUUUACUUCCAGCAGAACACCGAUGUUUACAAGACUAGGCAACCGAUUUACUCGCUGGGUGCGCGUUUGGGCUUCCAAGGCCGCACCAAGACCCCCGGACCUGCGGCUUAUCCACCCAACCUCUACAACACUAAGAAGAAUCCGUACUCGUACUCGUUCGGUAUUCACCACGGCGCUUAUGCGCCGCCUAUGAUCGUCAAAGAAGACACCAUGGACUGCCUGUGAAAAGUAUAAGUUGUCGUCGUAGGGAGUUAAAAGUAACGAAAAAAAAUAGUUGAACCGGCCGAAUUCGCGUGGUCACGCUGGGACUUCGUUUCCAUGUUCGGUGCCACGACUAUAAGUACUUGCCUGGAAUGGGUACUUAAGUAAAGAAGUGCAAAGACGAAGACCAUAUCUGCUGAGAAGGGAAAUACCUUUAGGUACAAUGGAGUUUAAAUCAUGUUGGUUUUAAAGAUUUAUGUUGUAUUUCUUUUGUUUAAAAUGGAGUGCAACAAAACAAAUGCGACUAUUCAUGCUGACUGCAAUUCCAUUGACAUGCAUGUUUUCUCCAAUAUAAAAAUCGAAUAUACUUUGGAAUGAAAUGUAUAUUAGUAAAGGAUUUUGAAAAUGAGAUUUUGGCCGUAAGUCGUCGAUGAAAAACAAAUUUUAUCCGGAAUUAUUAAGUAAUCCAGAAAAAAACAUUUUUUUUUAUUGUUCGGUACCACUAAUUUUUUGAAUGCACAAUUUUAGUGCGGAGUACGUAAGAGGUGGAAAAUUUAAUUGUUAGUGGAAUUGUAAAUCUUCGGUUUGUACAGUGAAAGUUAGUUUGAUUUGCAAAAUUACCAUGUUGUGUGUGUUUUAUAAAAUGUAAUUGUGGCGAAAAUGUAGAAAAGUUUAAAUACAGUGUUUACGAUGUAAUAUCAAA